CACAAAAGUAUGUAUUGCUGCUGUUGAAAAAUUUUAUUAACACGCUUCUUUAAUAGAUGGGUAAGAGAAUUAGAGCUCAAAGAAAGGGUAACGGUGCUGGUCCAUACAAGACUAGAUCUAUCUACAAGAUCGCCAAACCACAAUACAGACAUUUGGACUACUCUGAAAGAGAAGGUUUCAUGAAGGGUGUCGUUAGACAAAUCGUUCACGAACCAGGUCGUGGUGCUCCAUUGGCUGAAGUUGCCUUCAGACAUCCAUUGAAGCCAAAGAAGGAUAUCCAAUACUUCCUUGCUCCAGAAGGUUUAUAUACUGGUCAAUUCGUUUUCUGCGGUCAAAAGGCUGAAUUGAAGAUUGGUAACGUCCUCCCAAUUGGUAACUUGCCAGAAGGUACUGUCUGUUGUAACGUUGAAAGAAAGACUGGUGAUAGAGGUGCAUUGGCUAGAGCUGCUGGUGAAUCCGCUGUUAUUAUUGCCCACUCUGAAGAUGGUAAGACUAGAGUUAAGCUCCCAUCUGGUGUCAAGAAGACUCUCCCAUCCGAUAACAGAGCUACCAUUGGUGUUAUUGCCUGUGGUGGUAAGACUGAAAGACCUGUCUUGAAGGCUUCAACCAAUUACUUCAGAUUCAAGGCUAAGGGUAGAAAGCAAUGGCCAAGAGUUAGAGGUGUUGCCAUGAACCCUGUUGAACAUCCACACGGUGGUGGUAACCAUCAACACAUUGGUAAGCCAUCUACUGUUUCCAGAUUGACACCUGCCGGUAGAAAGGUCGGUUUGAUCGGUGCCAGAAGAACUGGUAGAAUUAGAGGUGGUAAGGCCAACGUCAACCAAGUUGAAAAGGAUUAAAUUUAAAGCUCCAAACCCUAUUAAACAAAAAAAUUAUCUUAAAAAA